CUGUUUUCAUUAUUGUUUUUUUAAAAAAUAAAAUAGUCACUUUUGUCUUCACUCACAUCCCAAUGAGAUAUUCUAAGCAAUAUGGUUUUGCUCGCCCAAAACUACUACUAAAACAGUGUCUAGUUUUGGCUGCCAGCUUUAUCCCAAUACCAAAGUCCAACUCACUCACAAACCUCAUCUCUUUCUCUCUAUAUAAAGACCAUAACUAUAAGUACUUUUAACUCAGAUACUCAACAAAACGAACAAAAUAAUUCUAUUCCCAUUUUUGCCAAAGAACUUUCCCAUUUCUACAAAGAAAUAUUUCAAGAAAGCAAUAUGAGUUCAACAAGCAGAGCCUGGAUUGCAGCAGCAAGUAUUGGAGUAGUUGAAGCUUUGAAAGACCAAGGUGUUUGCAGAUGGAAUUCUGCUUUGAGAUCAAUACAACACCACACAAAAACCAAUCUCAGAUCCUAUUCUCAAGCCAAAAAGAUCCCAGCUUCGCAGUAUGUGUCUAAUAAUUUCAGGGAUGACAAGUUGAAGCAAUCUGAGGAAUCACUUAGAACAGUCAUGUAUUUGAGCUGUUGGGGUCCCAACAAUUGAGGCUCUUUUCUGCUCUUUUUAUUUUAUAGGCUUUGUGUAGCUUAUUGAUUCAAUUUUUAACUAAAUAGAUAUAUGGCUUUAAUUAGAUCACUUGCUUAAUUCACUAUUGAAGUUUACUGAUCUUGACUUGGAAACCAGGCUAUGGAAUAUACUAAAGUUAG